UUUCACAGCUCAGCCGAGAGCCUGGGAAACCCGCCACUGGAGACCUGGGUUUGGACAGCCACGCAGAACUCAGUGCUGGGAAGCUGGCCACUGCGAUUAUACCGCCAGACACUCCCUCUGGGAGGAGCUGCCGGUCACACCACACUUUCUCCUGUCCCCUUUAGCAGUAACGUCUAAAGAACCAGGCUGGGGAAAUGUUGUGAAGUGGAAGUUGUCCGACCCAAACUAGUUACCUAUUUAUUGGACGUCCAUUUAACGGGCCCAGCAAGAGCCUGGGUGUGCGUGACGUCAGGUUUCGGCAUCGUCAAGGUUCAAGUCCCCAAAUGCAAGAUGUUGACAAGGGACAAGGGCAACUGUCCCUAAACGCAGGGAGAGCCAGGUCGGGUUGGCUGCGUUUCUUUCCGCUAAAUUGUCAUCGAAGCAAACCCGAGAUAGGACAAUGUGAGCUCUUCUCUUUCAACAUGACUCAUUGUGUUCAGACCGGCAUGACAGUGAAGAACCCACCUUCCUCUUUAAGAAAAGAUGAAAGCUGUGGCUCUGAAAUAGAAUUCAUGGGGCUCAGACGUGGCGCCCUAUCUGUGGGGACCUCCCGCCAGCUGUGCAGCCCCUUCCAGGACAAUUCCUUCCUCUGGGGCUGAGGACGACCCCACCUGGGGCGCAGGCUUCAAGGGGCUCAGGACGCCUGUUCGUAUGAAUGAAGCCACUUUCUCGGGCUGAAGCGGAAGCUGCCCUCCCCGGGGCUUAGGCAACGGGGAAGGAAACCGCCCAGGGCAGUGUGGCAGCUGGGACGCCGGGGCCGCUGCCGGGACCACCUGCUGCUGCCUGCCACACGGGGACCGCCCUCGCCACAAUGCAGUCUCUGGGCCCAGAGGAGUGCCUGGUGGAUGAAGAGGACGACAUUUUUGGUGAAGGACUGCCAGCCAGACUCCCCGAGAUCAUGCUGGUGGGGGCUCAGUCCUGCUCGCCCGGGGGGCCCAAUGGCAUCAUCCGCAGCCAGUCCUUCGCCGGGUUCAGCGGCCUGCAGGAGAGGCGGUCCAGAUGUAACUCCUUCAUUGAAAAUUCUUCUGCUGUCAAGAAGCCUCAGGCCAAACUGAAGAAAAUGCACAACUUAGGACACAAAAACAACAGCCCCCCCAAGGAGCCUCAGCCGGGACGGGUGGAAGAGGUCUACCGGGCCCUGAAGGGCGGACUGGAUGAGUAUCUGGAGCUCCACCAGACGGAGCUGGACAAGCUGAACGCCCAGCUCAAAGACAUGAAAAGGAACUCACGCCUGGGUGUGCUGUACGAACUGGACAAGCAAAUUAAAACGAUCGAAAGAUACAUGAGACGCCUGGAGUUCCACAUCAGCAAGGUGGAUGAGCUCUACGAAGCUUAUUGUAUCCAAAGGCGCCUGCAGGACGGGGCCAGCAAAAUGAAGCAGGCCUUCGGCGCGUCGCCCGCCAGCAGGGCCGCCCGCGAGAGCCUGGCGGAGGUGCACCGCAGCUACAAGGAGUACACGGAGAACAUGUGCACCAUCGAGGUGGAGCUGGAGAAACUGCUGGGCGAGUUCUGCAUCAAGAUGAAAGGUCUGGCCGGCUUCGCGCGCCUGUGUCCCGGAGACCAAUACGAAAUUUUCAUGAAGUACGGCCGGCAGCGGUGGAAGCUGAAAGGCAAAAUCGAAGUCAACGGCAGGCAGAGCUGGGACCGAGAGGAAAUGGUGUUCCUGCCCCUGAUCGCUGGGCUCAUCUCCAUCAAGGUCACAGAGGUCAAAGGGCUGGCGACCCACCUCCUGGUGGGCAGCGUGACCUGCGAGACCAAAGAGCUGUUUGCAGCCGAACCUCAGGUGGUGGCUGUCGACAUCAAUGACCUCGGCACCAUCAAACUGAACCUGGAAAUCGCCUGGUAUCCAUUCGACCUGGAGGAUUCGACCCCGUCCUUGGGCGCGGGGAGCAAAGCGGCCGCCCUGCAGAGGAGGAUGUCCAUCUACAGCCAGGGCACCCCGGAAACGCCCACCUUCAAAGACCACUCCUUCUUCGCGAAUCUGCCUGACGACAUCUUUGAGAACGGAAAGGCCGCCCAGCAAAAAACGCCCCUGUCCCUCAGCUUCAGCGACCUGCCCAACGGGGACUGCGCGCGCCCCGCCAGCCCCGCUGGCGGCCGCCCGAGCGCGUGCGCGGCCAACCCCGAAAUCACCAUCACCCCGGCCGAGCGGCGUCCGGGCAGCCUGGCCUCCGAGAACGAGGGCCCCGACGACUCCGGCUCCGCGUCUUCCAGAAGCUCCUCGGGCGGCGGCCCAGGGCCCCGGGCUCCCCCGGAGGAGGAGGCGGAGGAGAAGGACCCAGAGGGGCCCGGGAGCGCGGAGGCCGGCCGUGCGCCCUCCGGCGCAGCGCCCGAGCGCCUGUUCCUGGAGAGGGAGGUGGCCGAGGCGCUGCUGCAGGAGUCGGACGAGGCCUCGGAGCUGAAGCCAGUGGAGCUCGACACGUUUGAAGGCAACAUCACGAAGCAGCUGGUGAAGCGGCUCACGUCGGCCGAGGUGCCGGCGGCCGCGGAGAGGCUGCCGUUCGAGGGCUCGGUCGGAGGGGAAUCGGAAGGCUGCCGCGCCUUCCUCGACGGGAGCCUGGAGGACGCGUUCCAGGGGCUCUUCCUCGCCCUGGAACCGCACAAGGAGCAGUACCAGGAGUUUCAGGACCUGAACCGCGAAGUGAUGCGCCUGGACGACAUCCUCAAAUGCAAGCCCUCUGGAAGCCGCAGCACGCCCUCCAGCUUGAGCCUGACUGUGGAGAGCGCACUAGAGAGCUUCGACUUCCUGAACACAUCUGACUUUGACGAGGAGGAGGAGGAGGAUGACGCUGAGGAGGGGGGCACGGUCGGAGGAGGCGCGGACUCCGUGUUUUCAGACACAGAGACUGAGAAGAAUAGCUACAGGCCGGCGCACCCGGAGGCCAGGGUGCACGUGAGUGAGGCGCUGACGGAGGACACGGGCGUCGGGACCAGCGUGGCCGGCAGCCCCCUCCCGCUGACCACGGGCAACGAGAGCCUGGACGUGGCCAUCGUCAGGCACCUGCAGCACUGCACCCAGCUCGUGCAGCAAAUCGUUUUCUCGAGCAAAACCCCCUUGGUGGCGAGGAGCCUCUUAGCGAAGCUUUCCAGUCAAGUCCAGGUGAUGCGGCGCCUGGCAGCCGUCAGCGAGGAGAGUGUCGGGAACGUGGGCUCCGUGGUGGAAGCCAUCCCCGAGUUCCACAGCAAGCCGCCCCUGCUGUCCUUCUGGACCCAGUGCUGCGGCUCGGCGGGCGCCUACCACAGCUCAGCGGACAGGGUGCUCCGGCAGCUGGAGGCCAGCUUCGCCGCGGCCGUCAACCGGGACUACCCGGGACUCGCAGACCCAGUGUUCCACACCCUGGUGUCCCAGAUCCUGGACCGGGCGGGGCCCCUGUCACCCUCCAGCCUGUCCUCGGAGGUCAUCACCGUGUUCCAGUACCACGGCUACUUCACCAGCCACGGCGUGAGCGACCUGCCGGGCUACCUGCACCAGCUGGCCCAGCAAGUCUCCCUGGUGCAGAGCCUGCCGUCGCUGAGGGAAGACAAGCUGCUGCAGGCGGUCGGCGGCCUCACCGCCCACAGCCUCCCGGCCCAGCAGGAGGUGCUCCGGACGCUGGCCCUGCUCCUGACCGGCGGCCACAGCGGCGUCAGCCAGGCCGUGCGGCUCCACCUGGCCGAGGCCGCCAGAAGCGAGCACUUCAGGGAGAAGGCUGUGCUCUACUACUGUGAAGCCCUGAGCGCGCCGGACCUGCAGCUGCAGAAGGCAGCCUGCUUGGCCCUGCGAAGCCUGCAGGCCACGGAGAGCAUCAAGAUGCUGGUGGCGCUGUGUCAGUCGGACGCUGAGGAGAUGAGGAAGGUGGCCUCGGAGACGCUCCUGGCUCUGGGAGAAGACGGGCGGCUGGCCUACGAGCAGCUGGACAACUUCCCUCGAGAUGGUGUUGGGAGUCGUCAGGGGGCGGAGGUGGCCACGGCCUUCUGAGGACCAGCUGGCCCGGCCGCGGUGGAGCUGUCUCCUCAAGGGCCUCCCACGCCAGCGGUGCUGCGAUGGAGCCGGCCGGGGUCCCCAGCUCGCAGCGAGCUGUCGGGGCGACGUGGACAUCGCCCGGGUGCAGCAUCAUUCCGUCCGGCUCCGCGGCACUGCCCCCUCCCUCGGCCAGUGCGUGGGGCUCCCUGUGAGCCAGCAGGUCCAUCACGUGGUCGCCGAGUCUGAGCCCCUCCUGCCUGCGGUGUAUGGGGUUUCAAAAUAGCCAUCUCUGUGCUUUUUUGGAAGUUCUUCUGUGAGCGUGAACCAGUCCCGUGAUUGAUGCUUUGGUGCAGUCGUGCGGCUUGCGGUUCCUCUCCAUUGUGUUCUCAGGGUUGAGCGCCCCCUCCCCCAGUCACUCCCACUCCCCUCCCCGCCCCCGUAUCCCCCCCCAGCUGCGUCAGCUACCUAACUUUCCCUUAAAUGCAAAAUACGAAAAAGGAUUCCUUCAAAUAAAAGUUUGCCUGCAGAACCUGGUAGAACGAUACAUUGUAAGAGUUUGAUAUUUUGUACAUUGCCUUGUUUCAAAUGUCCACUGUUUCUUCUCUUCAUCCUGAAAGUUCCAAAAGCACGUUCCCACGGUAGUGAAAACAGGUGGGAGACUCCGGGCACCUGAUCACAAUCACACCCGUACGCGCUGAAGACAAAGACACGCAGAGCGUACGCUUUUAUUUUUUCAAAAACAAGAGCCAUUUUUUUAAUGAUAUUUUUCAAUAGAGGUACUUGGCUGCUAAGACAAAUCAAAACCAAAAGUUCCGGAUUCAGAAGGCUGAGAUGCUCUUUGAGGUGGGACAGCACAUCAAAAGUUAGUGGCACAUCAAAAGGGGCCCCUGCUUCCGUGACAAUUCCCGCGAAAUCAGGGAGCCGGCCGCACUGCCACUGCGGGAUGGUUCCUGCCCCCGCUGGUCCCCUUGGCCAAAUAGUCCAGACGGCAGCCGCCCUCACUGCUCGGAUCAGGGUGAAGUGCAAGGCCUCUCAGGAACUGCUAAGUAACCUCUCUUCCUCUUAAGAGUAUACAAGGUGGGAAAUGCCAAGAUAUCAAGUUGCGUGUGAGUGUGACUGAAACUAUUCUGGAUGUGUUUGUACCCAAUACUGUGUAGGUAUCAUUUUAAAUAUUCCUAUUUUAGCAAGACCUUGAAAAGCAACUCUGAUUUCCUUUUAAAGUUCAUGUUGUUUGCCAGGCUUCCUGGCAAGGAGUCUUUUGACUGUGAAGUUAUAGUGUGUAUGUAUAUUUGUAUAUUUAUAAAUAUUAUAUAUAUGCAGAUAACCUUCCUUUUAAAGUACAUUGUACAGUCUGUAGUUAGUAUGUCUAGUCUUUGAUCUACAUUAAAUGGUUGACACGAUUCUUUUUAUAGAACCUUAAAUCACAAAUGUUACAGUUUUUUUGUUUGGUUUGUGGCUUUUAAAAAAAAAUUUGAAUAUUGCAUGAGUAAUUGACUCCAUCCCUUUUGUACUCACUUCUGCAUUUUAUUUUUUGGUGAAGGGGGUGCUUUUGGUUUUGUGGCAUUUGUAUCCAUCCCUGUCUGUAUCAUGGAAGUUACAAUAAAAGUUAUUUUUUAAUUUCUA